AUGAACCAACCAUGGAAUCCUACGACCGCAGCACCACCUUCGAACAUCGAUCAGUGCAAGUGUACGGAUAAGAAUAUUUGGCUCGAUAUCUACUUCCUCAUGGACGCUUCCUACGCCAUGACCAGUCCUGGGUUCGAUGGCGCUACUGCAUUUGUACAGUCUGUCCUUUCCAAAAUGACCCUGGGACAGGAUUAUGCUCAACAAACUCGUGCUGGUUUCAUUCUUUACGCAGCCGAUGCAACAGUCCAGUACAAUUUGACCCAGUGGACCUCAACCUACGAUAUGCUUUUCAACAUGGAUUUAAUCUACUCUGGUUCUCUUGGAACAAACAUUGAAGCGGGUAUUCAACUAGCUACUGAUCGAUUCAAUAGUGCAGAACAUAGAGCGAAUGCGCAGAAGGUUAUUGUCAUUGUGGCGUCAGCAUUCGAGACUGGAAAAGACAACGACCCUACAAAAGCAGCAAAUACGUUCAAAGAGAGUGGCGGUAUUAUUAUUACAGUAGAGUAUGUACAAGAACACGGCGCUGCUGUACCUUUGCUUGGUAGUCUUGCAAGCCCAGGGCCAUACCAAUUUACGAACCGCUACGGCAACCUCACCAACGAGGAGGUUAGACAAGCGUUCUGCAAAGCAAACUGUUUUUGCCCAACAAAUUACGACCCUUACACGAUGGGUGAUACCGUACCACACGGAGGUUGCUAUAGGACUGUACCACUGACAGCUAUACAGAUGCUAGCAGCGAACAACUGCCGUAAGCAACAUAACGGAGUUCUUGCCAACGUUCAAAGUCGCGACAAAUCAUUAUUCGUGGGCGCACUAUUCCCAUCAAAAACAAAGUUUUGGAUUGGUCUUCAGAGAGACAGUGGAGGAUACUGGUCCUGGCCUGAUGGCACCUAUCUUCAAUCAAAUGAUUAUCAGAUGUGGGCUCCAGGAUAUCCAAGCGCGGCAGCUGGUGACUGUGUCUACAUGUACCAGUAUUCUGGAUUCAGGACUGAUCAACCGGCUUGUGACUCUGUAUUCGAGGAAGGGGCUGAGCUGAUGCUGGAAGACGAAGUGACUCGUAAGAAGAUGAUGUCUCGUAUACUGAAUCUGGCACUUCAGAAAAAACGUGGUCAAAGUCGACGUAAGAAAGGUUACAAUCUUCGCAAAGACAUUCUUCAGAUUCGCCUUAUUCGUUUUCUUUCUGGUGAUAUCAAGAAAACCCUAAUGAUCAGAGAGAAACGGCGUUCUCGUGCUGAGGGUUAUCUGAAGGGGUUGUAG